AAAUGAUUUCGUAAAUAUCUUUCUAGAUUAUUGGUCCUCCUCGUUUCUUUAAUGUUUCUCAUCUUAUACUUGAUGGACAAUGGCGAAAUCAACAUACAGUUGAUUCUAUUGAUUCACUUGUUUGUUUAUCUAAUAUAACUAAAUUAAUACGAUUAGAACGUGUACCAACAUUAAUCUUUCGUACAUUUAUUUAUCGUUUAACAAAUUUACAAUCAUUAACAUUAACAACAUUUGUUCUUGAUGGUAUGAAUGCUGCUAUUUUACAAUAUUUAAAAUGUUUACAUUCAUUAAAUAUUGUACAAUUGGAUGAUAAUUAUCGUCAUUUUGUUAAUGUAGAACCAUUUUGUACAAUGUUUCCUCAAAUUGAACAUCUUGAUAUUCCAAUUGAUAAUCUUGAUAGUUGUCAAUAUGUUAUUGAUCGAUUAGGAAAAUUUUUAAUUAGUAUUGUUUUUCGUUUUCCGAUUAACGAAGAAGAAGAUGAUGAUGAUGAUGAUGAUGAUGAUGAUGAUGAUGAUAAUGAUGAUGACGAUAAAAAUAAUGAACUUAUUGAAUGGACACAAAAUAUAGAACAAAAUCAUCACUAUCGUAUACGUGAUGGUGAUAUUUAUUUAUGGUUUUGA